CGGUGUCGCAACUAAAUGUGUCCGCCCUCUUCAAUAUAUCCGUGCUGGUUGGCUCACAUUGGUUCCGCCCCUGUGUCAGAGCUCGACCCGGACGCCGCCAUGUACCGCACCGCGCUCAGAAACCUGCAGCGAUUUACCGGCCACACGGCGGCCGUGUCACGCUGCCCUGCCCAUAAACUCCACCGCCGCACACCGGGAUUGUCGCUCAGCUGCAUCAGGAUGGCAAGUUCGGAGUCUUACAGAAUCGAGAAGGACACCUUCGGUGAGCUGAAAGUGCCCAGCGAUAAAUACUACGGAGCCCAAACCGUGCGGUCCACCAUGAACUUUAAAAUCGGCGGCGUGACGGAGAGGAUGCCGAUUCAGGUGAUUAAAGCAUUUGGCAUUCUGAAGAGAGCAGCUGCUGAGGUGAAUAAGGACUACGGCCUGGACACCAAGAUCGCUGAUGCCAUUGUGCAGGCUGCAAAUGAGGUGUCUGCUGGGAAGCUGGACGAGCACUUCCCCCUGGUGGUGUGGCAGACGGGCUCAGGAACACAGACCAACAUGAACGUCAACGAGGUGAUCAGCAACCGGGCCAUAGAGAUCCUCGGAGGCAAACUAGGCAGCAAAGACCCCGUCCAUCCCAAUGACCACGUCAACAAGAGUCAGAGCUCAAACGACACGUUCCCCACUGCCAUGCACAUUGCUGCAGCAAAAGAAGUGCACGAGGUUCUCCUGCCCGGUUUGCAGCAACUCCACGACGCUCUCGCUGCCAAGGCCGAGGAGUUUAAAGACAUCAUCAAAAUCGGCCGAACGCACACGCAGGACGCCGUGCCUCUGUCCCUCGGACAGGAGUUUGGAGGAUACGUGCAGCAGGUGAAAUACAGUAUAGAACGAGUGAAGACUGCGAUGCCCCGUGUGUAUGAACUGGCAGCAGGUGGCACUGCAGUGGGCACAGGAUUGAACACUCGCAUCGGCUUUGCGGAGAAAGUAGCUGACAGAGUCUCAGCUCUCACAGGCCUGCCCUUUGUGACCGCUCCAAAUAAAUUCGAGGCUCUGGCAGCCCAUGAUGCUCUGGUGGAGCUGAGUGGAGCUUUAAACACCGUAGCCGUCAGCAUGAUGAAGAUCGCCAACGACAUCCGCUUUCUUGGUUCUGGGCCUCGCUCAGGCCUUGGUGAGCUCAUCCUGCCUGAGAACGAGCCUGGCUCCAGCAUCAUGCCUGGUAAAGUGAAUCCCACACAGUGCGAGGCCAUGACCAUGGUGGCCGCUCAGGUGAUGGGGAACCACGUAGCUGUCACAAUCGGAGGCAGCAACGGGCACUUUGAGCUGAACGUAUUCAAGCCGAUGAUCAUUAAGAAUGUGCUGAACUCCGCCCGGUUGCUAGGCGACGCUUCGGUUUCCUUCACGAAAAACUGCGUGGCUGGAAUUCAGGCCAACACGGAUCGAAUCAACAAACUGAUGAACGAGUCUCUGAUGCUCGUCACUGCUCUCAACCCUCACAUAGGCUACGACAAAGCCGCUCUAAUCGCCAAGACGGCACACAAAGAGGGUUCGACUCUAAAAGCAGUCGCCAUCAAGCUGGGCUAUCUGACAGAGGAGCAGUUUGAGCAGUGGGUCCGUCCCCAGGACAUGCUCGGCCCUAAGUAAAAACCUCCAAAGUGUGCCGAUGCUACAGCCAAGGCCGGUCGUUGUACAAUAAAGCUUUACCUGUUUUGUUUUU